AGCGAAGAUGGCGGACUCGGUUGGCAUGCGACGGAUAUUGGCUGUGAGGCGGCGAGGACGCGAGAAUUCGGCGAUUCUGUGCUGAAGUGGAUACUGCCAGCGUCGGUGGUGAUCAGCGUGGGCAUCGCGCGACGAAGCAGGUGGCCCCGCGAUCGCGUAGUUGCAGGUGGGCUCAGUACAUGUUUCGUUUCACGAAGGAAGUCGAUUCAUCGCGCCUUAUCAUCGCCAGCCGACCGAGUAACAGAGAAAGAGAGAGAGAGAGAGAGAGCAUUCCUGCGAGUUAGCAGAUACGCGCUCAUCACGCCGUCGUUUCGAUCGACGAGCCGUCUUUUCGUAAUUUUGUUCGUUCGACAAACUGAAGAUACAAACGCGUGAGAUGCGGUCGCCGAGAUUUGUAACUACAAAGGACGCGAAAUGAAUCCGACGGGCACUGGAUUUGAUCGUAGCAAGUCGCUCGAGAGAUCACAGCACGACGUACACGACGUAUGCAAAAAAGGGACGUCGCGUAGCUCAUCGCAGACGUUGCAUCCUCGUCUCUGAGAGCUCUUCUGCACAUCAUCUCUCAGACAUAUAUCCGAUAAAAUAGAAGUGAUUUGCUAGAAGAAUAAAUUAAUUGGACCGAAAGAGACAAGUAUAGCAGGGCAACGAAAAGGACUAAAGUUUGAGAAUAUAAGCUUGACCGAACGAGCGAUCGUGCAGCACACACAACAGAUCAUUAAAAUGGCUACGAUGUCUAGCAGCGAGUACAUGUCCGUAAGGGAGUUCUACCGGGACAGGUCGAUUUUUAUAACCGGCGGCACCGGCUUCAUGGGCAAAGUCCUUGUGGAGAAACUGCUGCGAUCGUGUCCGGACAUCAAGAACAUCUACCUUUUGAUGAGACCUAAGAAAAGCCAGGACGUGCAGCAGAGGUUGCAGGAACUGUUAGAUGCACCGCUAUUUGAGAAAUUACGGCGGGAUUCGCCGGGCGAGCUCUCGAAGAUCAUUCCCGUGGCCGGUGACGUCACGGAACCGGAUCUGGGCAUCUCGGAGACCGAUCAGAACACGUUGAUACGUUCCGUGUCGGUGGUCUUUCACUCGGCGGCUACCGUGAAAUUCGACGAGGCUCUGAAACUCUCGGUCACCAUAAACAUGUUGGGCACCAAACGAUUGGUCCAACUGUGCCACCGGAUGCACAACGUCGAGGCGCUCGUACACGUCUCGACGGCGUAUUGCAAUUGCGACCGGAACGACGUGGCCGAGGAGAUUUAUCCUCUGGGCAAGGAGCCCGAACAGGUGAUCGCACUGACGAAAUGGAUGGACGAUAAGAUGGUCGAGGAUCUUACGCCGAGUCUGAUCGCCGGCCGACCGAACACGUACACGUUUACCAAAGCACUGACCGAGCGGAUGCUCCAGAGGGAGAAGGGUUCCUUGCCGAUAGCAAUCGUCAGGCCGUCGAUCGUGUUGUCGUCGUACAGAGAACCGGUCGCCGGUUGGGUGGACAAUUGCAACGGGCCUACCGGUAUCAUCGCCGCCGCCGGCAAGGGUUUCUUCAGGAACAUGCUGUGCCAUGAAAACAUGGUGGCCGACCUGGUGCCAGUCGACAUGGUGAUCAAUCUGAUGAUCUGCGCGGCAUGGAGAACCGCCACCCACCGCACCGACACCAUCUCCAUCUAUAACUGUUGCACCGGCCAGCAAAAUCCCAUCACGUGGAAGCAUUUUAUCGAGCUGUCGUUCAAAUACAGCCGGCUGCACCCGAUGAAUGACUUGGUCUGGUAUCCGGGCGGGCGUUGCCACUAUUCCGUCAUCCUGCAUAAAUUGUGCGUGACGCUCGAGCACACGCUACCGGCGCACAUUCUAGAUAUCUUCGCACGGCUCAAAGGCACGCGGCCCGUGAUGGUACGCCUGCAAACGAAACUCUACAAGGCCACCAAGUGCUUGCAGUAUUUCAGCACGCACCAGUGGAACUUCCGAGACGACAACGUGCGACGAUUGGGCGAGCAACUCAGUCCAGAGGACCGGGAGAUAUUUAUGUUCGACGUCAAGCAAAUCGACUGGACGUCGUACUUGGAGCAUUACAUACUGGGAAUACGACAGUUCAUCCUUAAGGAGAGUCCGGACACACUGCCAGCCGCCCGUUCACACAUCACGAGACUGUACUGGCUCCACAGAGCCGUGCAAUUCGGGAUGCUGUUAAUAAUGCUACGCGUCCUGUUGUUACGCAGUCCGGUGACGCGAGGGGCCUUCUUCUCGCUGCUGUCCAUCGUACUUCGCAUGUGCCGCAUGAUUGUUUGACGGCUGAGAGCCAUUCCGGUCGACGAUCGCGAUCAAUUCACCACGAAGCGGCCGCUACCUAAGGAGCGUUAUUUAAAGGUGCGAUUUGUUCUACGACCUCGUUGCUCAGCCACCCCGGUAAAGCGCUACCUUCACAUCCAUCGAUUGGCCUUCUCGAUGUUGCUAUCCGUUAACGACGAGUAAGAAGUAAUGAACGCCAGCUGCACAUACAGGUGCGGUACUCUCUCUCUCUCGAGGAGAGGCGUUGGUUCACCGAUUCGGUUUCAACGGGAAAAUUCCGCAAGCGCAUAAAUAUCGCCCCCGAAAUAUUAAACGUAUAUAUAUAUAUAUAUAUAUAUAUAUGUGUAUAUAUAUAUAUAUAUA